UUAAAAACCCUAAUUAAAUAGGAAGAAGCGGAAGAAAAAGAAGAAAAAAAUGGAGAUUACUACCCUAACAAAUCCUUGGAAAAUCCAAAUGGCUACUCUUUCAGCAGCAGCACUCACACAUUUUUCAAACCCUAAAAUAUCAAAAUCACUGAAUACCCUUUUCACUGUCAGAUGUUCUUCUUCUCCUCAUUUCUCUGAUGGUGCUGCCACUGGUUUGGCAGAGAGGCCAUGGAAAACAUCAGAUGCUAGACUGGUUCUUGAAGAUGGGUCUAUCUGGAAGGCUAAGUCUUUUGGUGCUAGAGGAACCCAAGUUGGUGAAGUUGUUUUUAAUACUUCUUUGACUGGGUAUCAAGAAAUUCUUACGGAUCCUAGUUAUGCUGGUCAGUUUGUCUUGAUGACAAACCCUCAUAUAGGGAACACUGGUGUAAAUUUUGAUGAUGAAGAAUCAACACAAUGUUUUCUUGGUGGUCUGGUGAUAAGGAGCUUAAGUAUCAGUUCAUCAAGUUGGAGAUGCACCAAACCACUUGGUGAUUAUUUAGCAGAGAGGAACAUCAUGGGAAUAUAUGAUGUUGACACACGUGCAAUCACUCGUAGAUUAAGAGAAGAUGGAAGCCUUAUUGGUGUACUGAGCACAGAAAAUUCCAAAACAGACGAUGAACUUCUGAAGAUGUCUCGUUCGUGGGACAUUGUAGGUGUUGAUUUAAUAAGCGGUGUCUCAUGCACUGCACCGUACAAAUGGGUUGAUUCAACGAAGUCUGAAUGGGAUUUUAAUUCCGACGGAAGAGAUGGAAAGCCUUACCAUGUUGUUGCAUAUGACUUUGGGAUCAAGCACAAUAUACUAAGGCGUCUAGCAUCUUAUGGCUGUAAAAUCACUGUGGUCCCCUCAAAAUGGCCAGCAUUAGAAACACUAAAAUUGAAUCCAGAUGGAGUUCUUUUCAGCAACGGUCCUGGAGAUCCAUCUGCAGUUCCUUAUGCUGUUGAUAAUGUGAAGGAAUUACUAGGAAAGGUUCCUGUUUUUGGAAUUUGCAUGGGCCAUCAGUUGCUUGGCCAGGCACUGGGUGGUAAAACCUUUAAAAUGAAGUUUGGCCACCAUGGAGGUAAUCAUCCAGUUCGUAAUAUUCGGCAUAACCGGGUUGAGAUUAGCUCCCAGAAUCACAACUAUGCAGUCGACCCAGAAUCACUUCCGGAUGGUGUGGAAGUGACUCACGUUAAUCUUAAUGAUGGAAGCUGCGCAGGUCUUGCUUAUCCCGCACUAAACAUUAUGUCACUUCAGUACCAUCCUGAGGCUUCCCCAGGACCUCAUGAUUCAGAUUCUGUAUUUGGGGAAUUUGUAAAUCUAAUGAAGCAAGCAAAGCAAAAGGCUUAGUGAACCUCUUUUUCCGGUGGUGGAAUUACGUUUGCUGGUAGAAAUGGCAUAUAUGGUUGACUGAGCUUUGCGAUAACUUCCACAGUUUUGACGUCUGUCUGAUGGAAGCAAUUGGCAUAGUCUUCGCUGUUGUAGUUUAUUUGGGUUCUUUGAAAUAGUUAAGAUGGUUAUAAAUUUGUUACGUUUUAUAAGAUUAUGCUGAUUGCCUCAGUAAUCAUGUUAGAUCGUAAUGUGUUAGAUUGCAGAACAUGGUGUUUAUUAGAGUGGGAGUGAGAGAAUGAUAUACAAGGAACUUGUCUUCUGGCCUUAUGCGAGCAAUCAAAUCUGAACUUGAUUCA